AAAUGUAGCUUGCAGUCACUCUGAGUAACAAAACUAUGCGAACAUCGCAUAAAUAACAAAAGUGCAAUAUUUAUUUAAAGUGCAAUUCGAAGUGUGUGAAAAUCUCAUAGCAAGCACAAAAUGUCGCUAACAAUUGUAAAAUAUCGAAGGACGCCAGAAGGCAUUGUGCCAAUAACACCUUCCGUAGUGCUAAGACCCAAGAUGCAAGUGCAGCCCCAGCAAAUUAUAAAGAAGCUAGCAGGCAAUAAAAUCGCUAUUGGUAAACUACCAGCGGGAGCCAUAAUAAAACCGAGUAUGAAACGCACUGCCAUUACUACCACUUCAGGCUCUCCACUGCUGAAGACUCCGAAAUUUGUCUUGCAGUCGGCCGGCUACGGAAUUACGCCUACUUCAGUAUCUUGGCAAACGUCUACUCCAGUAGCUGACGUAAAGAAGGAAGCCCUUGGUGAUGCGAUCAGUUCUCUACCGCCCAAUACGAUUAUCAAGGCAACAACCCGACCUUCGCUUGCAUCGAGUAGCAAUGCGUCUGCAUCUGGCUACGUGAAUGCCCCAAGUAUAGCAGCUAGUACUCCAGCAGCAGCACCGGCUGUCGCAUCCGCUGUGCGCCAAGCUGUAUUCCUUAACCGAGAAGUGCCGCAACGCACCAUGCGUAGUAUGACUUUGGGAGCUAUUGAUAUGGCAUCUACUCUCCACCUUGGCGUGGCCAGCGAGCAUUUGCCUCUCUUCAAACGUAACAUAUGCAAAUUUGGAAAUUUAACUCAUCUCGACUGCUGCAUUACUCUAAGGAAGAUGCGUCUCAAUGAGCCAUUUGCGUUGCUUGCCGAACUUUUUGAUCUUAGUGAACUUGUGGUCAAAGAAACAUUUAAACGUACUAUUCUCAGGCUGUCGCGUUGCCUGCGUCCGCUCAUCUGUUGGCCAGAUGCUAAGCAUUACUCGGAGCGAUUGAAACACAUGCCUUUGGCUUACAGAUCUAAUUUAUUGCACGUUAGAUCGCUUAUUGAAUGUGUAGAGACGGAUGUGUGUGAAACCCUUAAUUUUGGUUGCUCCAGUUACAAAUUUAUUCUCUGCCUCAAUACCAAUGGUAUCAUAAGCUAUGUGUCCGAUGCAUUUCGUGGUGAUUGUGAUGAUCUUCAACUGUUUGAGAGCAGCAAUUUCAAAGACAUAAUACCCACAUAUCUUACGCUAUGUGCAGAGCCAGGAAAAUCUGUUAGACGGACGAAUAGCACAUCGAGACCAAAGAGCAGAGAAAACGAUUCGGAAACCGAAUAUGAUGUGCAGGAGGAACCAAAGAAAGUUGUUAGCAAAUACAAUGAACAGCGGUUAGAAGGCCAAAUGGCGAACAUGAAAUCUUUGUGUGUGUCAGAUGGCGCUUUGACCUCAACACGAGCGACAAACAUUCAAUUGCCGACGCUGCGUGUCAACGAGCCCGCUUGCCGCACUCAGAUGCGACGGACUGUAGAUGCAUUAAGAGAGUUCAAAAUGUUAGAUCAUAGUGCCCUGAAGCAAACGUCUUUAUUGGGCUAUCUAAAUGAGAUGUUGAUUGUAGCCGCUGCCUUGUGUAAUUUGCAGCAACAGUAGUUUUUGAAGAGAAAAGUAAGAAAGUGAGGAAACAAGUGAGAAAGUUGAGUGUGCAUUUUGAAUAAGAGCAAAACAGAGCGGUAUUAGUCUUAAAACAUACCGAAGCGCGAUUUUUGCCGUUCAAAAGUAUUCCUUAAAUAAUUUCUGAUCGUAACAUUUUAAGGAAUCUUAAAUCAUAGUUAUCAUUGUGUUCCAAAAAUCUCUCUAGGCUCUAGCUUCCCUAUAGGUAGCGAGUAUAACAAUUGUAAAUAAUAUCACCUGUUUUAAGGUUGUAUCACUAAAUGAUUAUAUAAAGCAUUACGAAUUAGUUAUAAUUUUUAUACUUCUUCAAUUAGCGUUUGUAAAUAGAUUUUAAGCUGAUUUGUGCUUGGUAUGCACAGGAGAUUGUUGGUGUUUUCACUAGAACUUCAUAUCGGACUCUUUAAAGUUAAAAUUUAUAUUUGCUUAGGCUAUUUGGCUUGCGUCAUUUCGUCAUAUUUAUAGUACAUUCAAAUAAACACAGUCCCGACGCUUUAAGCCGUUAUUAAGAUCUAUUUGUCCAGCCGUUUAACUAUUAACGAUGAGUUCAAAUUACAAACAUUAAAGGCAUUGUAAAACCCUCAACAAAUUGUAAAAUAAUUAGUAAUAAUAAUCAUCUUUUUUAUACCGUUUACGAAACAAUUGUAAUAAAUAUAUGCGUGCAUACCAAAAAUAUGUUCGGCUUUUAGCUUGAUUGCAAAUUUAUUUGGGAGAUUAGAUAAUGUAAAUAGAAAACACGUGCCACAACAUAAACAUAUAUAUAUUUUUGUUUACUUUAUUUAAGAUGAAAAGUACAUAUACAUAUGUAUGCUACAAAUUAAACGAGUUUUAAUUAAACCAGCUGAAAAUCUUAGUGUAUAAAGUAUAAUAAUAAAAACAAAUGUGCAAAUAAUUAUUGUUGGUUGCUCAUUAUGGUACAUUUUCAAGGUGUUUCCAUUUUAAUUACAUUUCACUAAACUCUCCUUUAAAUGGCUCUAUAUAGUAUGU